UAUCUUCUUCAUUAGUUCGUGUCCCUCUCCUCUUCCCUCUCGCCUCCCUUUUUUGCCCUAUUAUUAGGGUUCUCAUGACCUUCUAGCUCUGCUCUCUCAUGCGUUCCUGUUCUCCGCAGUUGUUUAUCGCCGUCUACGCCUCAAUUUUCUUCUGCUUUAGCUUUUUCGCUCUCUUUCGAGGGUUCUUUGGUGCAGAGCAACGCAGAUUUGACCUCCUGGGGUUUUCUGGGUUGUACCCAUGUCAAAAGUCCUUGGAUUUACUGGAAUUGAUGAUUUUUUCCCCGGGGGGUCAAUAUAUGCCAACCCCAAGGAGCCCAGUCUGUUGUUGUCUCUUGGUCGUCAUGUUGAUCUAUACUUUCCACCUCAGAAGAGAUCACGUAUCAGUGCUUCAUUGAAGAGAUCACACAUCAAUGAUCCAUUUCCUCUCAGUGGAGAAUUGUUUGAGGCCGAGAAGAAGCAAACAUCCAUUGAAAAUUUGCCAGAUGAGUGCCUCUUUGAGAUCUUCCGAAGGUUGCCCACAGGUCAAGAGAGAAGCUUAGCUGCCUGUGUUUCCAAGCGCUGGCUUUGGCUCCUAAGUAACAUUAGCAAGGAUGAAAUUUGCAGCCAUGAGAAGACAAGUUAUGAGAAUGAUGUUAGUGGAGAGGAGGCUGAUGUUGAGGAAUUUGGGGGUGGCGGAUGCCUCUCCCGAGACUUGGAAGGAAAGAAGGCCACCGAUGUCAGACUUGCGGCUGUUGCUGUUGGGACUGCUUCUCGUGGCGGAUUGGGAAAGCUGUCAAUCCGUGGAGGCGAUUCAGGUUGUGCAGUGACUAAUCUUGGUCUCAGGGCAGUUGCGCAUGGAUGCCCUUCUUUAAAGGCUCUUUCUCUUUGGAAUGUCACUACGAUAGAUGAUGAAGGCCUGAUUGAGAUUGCUAGUGGAUGUCCUCAGCUAAAGAAGCUCGAUCUUUGCUGUUGUCCCACAAUAUCUGAUAAGGCUUUGAUUGCAGUUGCAAAGAACUGCCCUAACCUGACUGAGUUAUCAAUUGAAUCAUGUCCGAGAAUUGGUAAUGAUGGUCUACAAGCUAUUGGGCAGUUUAGCACUAACCUGAGAUCCUUAUCAGUAAAAAAUUGCACUCAUGUUGGUGAUCAGGGAAUUGCGAGCCUUUUUUCUUCAGCUUCUUUUCUUCUGACAAAGGUGAAGCUUGAGGCGCUGACAAUUUCUGACCUCUCUUUAGCAGUUAUUGGACAUUAUGGCAAGGCAGUUACAGAUCUUGCCCUUAAAUGCCUUCCCAAUGUUAGUGAGAAAGGGUUCUGGCUCAUGGGUAACGGCCAUGGGUUGCAGAAGUUAAAUUCACUCUCAGUUGCAUCCUGUCAAGGAGUAACAGAUAUUGGGCUUGAUGCUUUAGGAAGGGGUUGCCCAAAUCUGAAGCAUCUGUAUCUCUGUAAAAGUGCGUUCCUAUCAGACUAUGGGCUGGCCUCGUUUUCCAAAGUUGCUUUAUCAAUUGAGAGCCUAAAAUUGGAGGAGUGCCAUAGAAUCACCCAGGUUGGGUUUUUCGGUGUCCUUUUCAAUUGUUGUGUCAAAUUGAAGGCCCUUGCACUUAUAAGCUGCUUUGGGAUUAAGGCUCAGAAUUUGGUGUUGCCUUCUGUAUCUCCUUGCCAAUCACUGCAGUCUCUAUCUAUUUGUAACUGUCCCGGUUUUGGUGAUGCUGCAAUGGCUUUAGUGGGAAAGCUUUGCCCUCAGCUGCAGUAUGUUGAAUUGAGCAGACUUGAGGGAGUGACUGAUUCAGGGUUCCUUGCAUUGCUUUUGAAUUCUGAUGCUGGUCUGGUAAAAGUUAAUCUCAGUCAGUGUGUUAAUUUGACAGAUAAAGCAGUUUCCUCCAUCGCAACUAAGCAUGGCUUGACUCUUGAGGUCUUUAAUCUUGAUGGCUGUAAAAAGAUCAGUGAUGUUAGCUUGAUGGCAAUUGCUGAGAACUGCCCAUUGAUCUGGGAUCUGGAUGUGUCAGGGUCUGCAAUUACUGAUGCUGGUGUCACAGCCCUGGCAGGUGGUAGUAUGUUCCAUUUGCAGAUCCUGUCCUUGUCUGAUUGCUCUCUUGUUUCAAACAAGAGCCUGCCUGCUUUGCGAAAGUUGGGUGAGACUCUUCUGGGGUUAAAUAUCCGUAACUGCAAGGCAAUUAACAGCCGUACGACUGGGAAGCUUUCGGAACAGCUCUGGAGGUGUGACAUCCUUGCUUGAGCGAAAAAGUGAUUCUCUCUUCGCAGACGAGGGAACUAGUGCUGUGGAUUGAACCAAGUAGGAGGUUUUUUAGACAGUCUUGAUGUUAUUGUUUCAUAGUAGUUUUUGGGUCCAUUGUAUGGGUCUUGUCUUCCAGGUACUCUGUUCUCUUUUUCCAGGGUAUACAGGCAUCUUUUUUGCAGGUUUCCAUCCUUUUAUAGGAAACCUGUUCGAAGUUUUGUCUCCCAUUAACGGGAUGUCAUCUUCUAAGUGGCUGUAUUUCUGUGAGAACAUAGUUACGGGGUUCUGGAGUUAGGAGUUUCUUAGUGGUGUUGGCAUCUGAUGUUUUUAGCCCGACAUUACGUCAGUUUUGCCCCCGUCUUUGUCAAAUUUCCACUUGCAAGUUUUUACAGCUUCUGUAUCCAGGGUCUGUCCAGUGUUGUUUACCAAAUCUUGAUGAUUUGGGCCUAAGUUUUAUUCGAAGGGCAGGUUAUCUAAUGAUCUUGUGGUUGCUGCUUGUCAGUUCGGUGUUUAUGAUGCUGUUGUCUUCAAGGCUAUGGCCAUGGCAGCUAGUUAUACGAGUCUGCCAUCACAACCAUCACCUCUUAGAGGAAAGGGUUGUUUUUUUCACCUAGCCCUUGUUUUUAAUUCGGCAUCAUUUUUUGGUGAACUCUCAAGUUGCAACUUCAUACAUGUUAUAGAUACCAGCAUCUGCCCUUUGUAUUGUAUUAUUAUCCCUGAGAAGUUAUGAAUAAAUUAGAGUUUCUUUAAA